AUGGGUCUUAUCAAGACGCUCAUCGUGUCUAGCGCUGCUGUCGCAGUAGCCAAGGAGUUUAGUAAGAAGCGACAAGACAAGAAACACUCAAGGGGGCAAUACGGACAAGACCAGCUCAGCUACGGCCCGCCUCCUCCGCAAGAGCACCAAGGCCACGGUCAGCCCAACCACCAGCAGUGCGCGCCCCAGGGCCCUCCGCUAAACUACUACAGCCAGUCGAACGCAAACCAGGCUCUGCGACCAGAGAAGUGGUCAAAAUUUUGA